AUGUUUACACUUUUCAUGGGCUUUGGAUGCUUAAUAGCAGCAAUAGUUUAUACUUCAAAGCCAUUUUUAAAUGAUUUAAUCAUUUCUUCAAUAGAUGAUGAAGCCAUUCCUAUUCGUGAACUUCCAUUUAGAGCUGAAUAUUUCUUUGAUGUCCAAAACUCUCCUGGAUAUCAAAUUGUUUAUUUUACACAACUAUGGUUAACUUAUUUCAUAAUAACAUUAACAGUUACAAUGGCUUCUUUAUACAGCUGUUUUUGUCUCAACAUUUCGGCACAUUUUGAUGUUCUCCGAAAAAUUGUUAAUGAUGCUAAAACUAAGGAUUUCAUAAUUUAUCACCAAAAAGUUUUAAAAAUUGCUAAGAAAUUAGUUAAAUUAUUUAAACCUAUAAUAUUUACUGAAUUCACGAUUAUGACAGUUGUGCUGUGCUUUACUGGAUUACAAAUAAUAAUGGUUGAUGACUUUGGAAAGAUUAUAGCAGCAAUACUUCAUGCCGUGGUUGCAUUUGCUGAUGUAGCAAUUUAUGCUUAUGGCGCUCAGAAAGUAUUAGAUUCAUCUUUAGCUGUUUGUGAUGAAGUUUAUAAAACUGAUAAAAAUUACAUUUUAAUCAUGAUGAUUACACAAAAAGAAUUGAAAUUCGAUGCUGGAUUGUUUCAUGCGAGUUUGCGAUACCCAGUAAUAACGCCGACACGGAAUAACUCCACAACAUCAAACCGGAAUAAUAUCGAAAAUAUUUUUUGCUCAGGUCGCAUGGCACCGACAUUUACAUCUGUUUUUAUCAUAACCAAGUAUACAGUUUUCAAUCUUUAUUUUGAUGAAUUCUAUUAUAUUAUGGUUAAAAUAAAUGAACUUAAUGGAAAAUGGAUCGAAGAAUCAAAGUUCAAGGAUAUCAUCAUCAAAGCAAAUAAAUUCAGCGAUAAUAUAACGAAAUUUUUAACAUUUGGGUGCAUUGUUGCUGGAUCAUUUUAUGUCUUGAAACCUUUGUUAAAUGUUUUCGCAGAUUAUUUUAUAUUUGAUCUUGAACCUAUUUAUGAACUGCCAUUUCGAGCUGAUUUUAUUAUUGAUACCAAAACAUCACCUGGAUAUGCAAUUGCAUACUUUAUUCAAUUUUGUUUAACUUACUUUCUUGUUGUAUUUACUGCUGCAGGUGGAGGAACCUUCUGUUGCUACUGUUUAAACAUAUCAGCACAUUUUAAAAUUCUUCGAGAAAUUGUUAACGAUUCAGAACUGGAAGAAUUUGUAAAAUAUCAUCGACAACUAAUUUCACUUGUUAAGAAGUUAAACAAUCUUUAUCAGCCAAUAAUAUUCAUUGAAUUCAUAAUUGUUGCUAUCAUUUUAUGUGUCACCGGUGUGCAAAUCAUCAUGCUUGACGAUUUUGGUAAAAUAUUGGCAGCUGUGCUUCACUCUGUUGCUAGUUCAACUGAUGUAACCAUUUACUCUUAUGGUGGUCAAAUUAUUUUAGAUUCUGCAUUAUCAGUUUGUGAUGAAGCCUAUAAAUUGGAUAAAAAUUACAUUUUCAUAUUAAUGAUGGGUCAAAGAGAAUUAAAAUUUGACACUGGAUUAUUUGAUGCAUCCUUAAAUACUUUAGCUAAAAUGUUAAGCAGGAAACAGUUCUUUGAUGCAAUUGAAAUUAUUGAAAAUCUCAAUCAAAAGUGGACCAUAUUAAGCCAAGAAAACUCGGUCAUCGUGGAAAAUAACAAAAUAUGUUCAAUAGCAUCAAAAACAAUUAUAUCUGCAUACUUUGUAACUUCAACUUUUUACGAUUUUAAACCAAUAGUUGUUGCCUUUAAUGAUUAUUGGAUCCAAAACACUCAACCUAAUUAUGACUUUCCCUUCAAAUCAAAAUCAUUCUACGAUACAACAAAGUCUCCAGCGUAUGAAUUAACUUAUCUUAUUCAAAUCUAUACAACAUACUUUUCGGCUGCAUUCAAUGCAGCUUGUGGAACUACUUUCUUCUGUUUCUGUAUGAAUAUUUCAGCACAUUUCAUAAUUCUUCGUGAAAUAAUCUUGGAAACUGAAUUGGAAGACUUUGUAAAAUAUCAUCAAAAAAUUAUUGGAGUCACCAAGAAAGUCAGCAAGCUCUUCAAGCCAAUAAUAUUUACUGAAUUUAUCUUAGUGACAACAAUCUUAUGUGUUUCUGGACUACAAAUUAUCAUGUCUAAUGAUUUUAGUAAAUUUUUUGUGGCUUUGUUCCUAAAUUUAGCUGCAUUUGGUGAUGUAGCAAUUUUCUCAUUUGGUGCUCAAAAAGUCCUAGACUCAGCUUUAGAUGUUUGUAAUGAAGUUUAUGUUGCUGACAAAGAUUAUUUAUUAAUUAUGAUGAUUACACAAAAGGAAUUAAAGUUUGAUGUUGGACUAUUUCAUGCUUCUCUUCACACAUUGUCAGUAAUAUUGAGUAGAACUAUGUCAUUUAUAACUUUAUUAAAGUCAUUUGUUAAGUAG